CAGUGCUGUAGACCUGCGCUUUCUAGUCACUGUGCCAUGGCGCCCGUUAUGUCGCUGAUUAAGGAGGGGACAUCUUAGCACCGUGUUUUAAUUUGCCUUAGUAAAAAGUAUCUCGUGCGUUUUGCCACUCCUGGCUUGAAUUCAAUACAAUUUAUCUCCGAACCCAACCCGCCAUGACCGUGGAGCAGAAUGUCCUCCAGCAGCAUUCUCAGAAGCACCAGCAGACGCUACUAAACCAGUUGAGGGAGGUCACAGGCACCACAGACGUUCAGUUGCUUCAGCAGGCACUGCAGGUGAGCAAUGGAGACCUGGGCGAGGCUGUGGCGUUCCUGACAGAGAAGAACGCCAAGGUUCCACAGCAAGAUGAGACAACCUACUAUCAGACGUCCCAGGUGGCCAGCGACAGAUAUAUCAGCGUGGGCAGCCAGGCAGACACAAAUGUGAUUGACCUGACGGGAGACGAUAAAGAUGACCUGCAGAGGGCUAUCGCCCUCAGCCUGGAGGAGUCCAAUCGGGCAUUCAGGGAGACAGGCAUCACUGAUGAGGAGCAGGCUAUCAGCAGAGUUUUGGAGGCCAGCAUAGCGGAGAACAAGGCAAGUCUGAAGCGUACCCACACAGAAGUAUGGAGUGAUUCACCCAACCCGCAUGACAGGAAGAGGAUAGACAACUCCCCUGUGGGGCUGAAAAAUGUUGGCAAUACCUGCUGGUUCAGUGCUGUCAUACAGUCUCUGUUCAACCUGCUGGAGUUCCAGAGGCUGGUGCUCAACUACUCACCGCCAGCCAGAGUCCACGACCUGCCUCGCAACCAGAAAGAGCACAGGAACUUGCCCUUCAUGCAGGAGCUGAGGAACCUCUUUUCCCUGAUGGUGGGGUCCAAGAGGAAAUACGUGGAUCCGUCACGAGCUGUGGAAAUCCUGAAAGACGCCUUUAAGUCCAGUGAGUCGCAGCAGCAGGAUGUGAGCGAGUUCACCCACAAGCUGCUGGACUGGCUGGAGGACGCCUUCCAGAUGAAGGCUGAAGAAGACAGGGAGGGCGAGAAGCCAAAGAACCCCAUGGUGGAGCUUUUCUACGGUCGCUUCCUUGCUGUGGGUGUCCUGGAAGCACUGGUUCACAGAACUCCCUCCUGUGUUGACCUUUGAACUGUCAAGAUUUGAAUUUAACCAAGCACUGGGACGACCUGAGAAGAUCCACAACAAGCUUGAGUUCCCCUCUAUGCUGUACAUGGACAGGUACAUGGACAGGAACAGGGAAAUAACCAGGAUCAAAAGGGAGGAGAUCAGGAGGCUGAAAGAGCAUCUGACACUGCUUCAACAGCGACUGGAGAGGUAUCUGAGUUAUGGCUCAGGCCCCAAGAGGUUUCCUCUGGCAGAUGUCCUCCAGUACGCCAUGGAGUUUGCCUCAAGUAAGCCAGUGUGCACGUCCCCAGUGGAAGACAUUGACUCAUCAGCGCCCCCCGGUGGCACAACAGGACAACAGCCGCCCCCACUAAGCACAGCCGAGCAGGACUCCUUGCCUCCCCUAGAGAGCUCAGGCCCGGCCUCAGGUCCCACUACAGCUCUGGCUGCAGCCCAGCAGCAGAGAGUACCCAUUCAUAAGCCCUUCACGCAGUCCCGACUACCUCCCGACCUCCCCAUGCACCCUGCCCCGCGCCACAUCACUGAAGAAGAGCUGAGUGUGCUCGAGGGCUGCUUGCAUCGCUGGAGGAGUGAAGUGGAAAAUGACACCCGUGAUCUGCAGGGCAGUAUAACCAGAAUCCACAGAACCAUUGAUCUAAUGUACUCUGACAAAUCUAUGAUGCAGGUUCCAUACCGGCUUCAUGCGGUGCUGGUCCAUGAAGGCCAGGCCAAUGCGGGCCACUACUGGGCUUACAUCUACGACCCACAUCAGCGUUGCUGGAUGAAGUACAACGACAUCUCUGUCACCAAGUCGUCCUGGGAGGAGCUGGUCAGGGACUCGUUCGGAGGCUACCGCAAUGCCAGUGCCUACUGUCUCAUGUAUAUUAACGACAAGAAGCCCUUUCUCAUAGAAGAGGAGUUUGAUAAAGAAACGGGACAGAUUCUCAGUGGCAUGGACAAACUGCCUCCGGACCUGAAGCAGUAUGUGAAGGAGGACAAUGAGCUGUUUGACAAGGAGAUUGAAGAGUGGGACAUCCUGCAAGCCCACAAGGCCCAACAGGAGAAGCUGGCCUUGGCCACAGCAGCCGCCGCUGCUUCCUCGGCAGCAUCCAGCACCCCUACUUCUUCCUCUUCCCCUCAGCCCAUGAGUACUGAGUCCAGCCCUCCAGACAACACAGUACCCCAGCAGGACCCAGAGUACAUGGAGCAGCCAUCACCCACAAAUGACUCCAAGCAUCUGCAGGAGGACACAGAGAGGGCCAUCUCCAGGGCUGCUGCGGAACAGGAGGAGAGAAGCCCCGAAGCAUUGUUAAAUGCGUCUCUUCCCCCUCCCACCUCCCCUCAGCCUGAGAUCCAGGUGAGCACCCCGUCCACCCCUCCUCCUGACCUCGUCAUCGAGGAUGAGUCCCUUGGCCAGCACACAGUAGAGGUGGCCAUUCCUAACGUGGGGACCUUUGUUAUUGAGUCAGAAGAGGGGGGGUAUGAUGACGAGGCAAUGAUGACCCCCAACAUGCAGGGUAUAAUUAUGGCCAUUGGCAAAUCCAGCAGCGUAUAUGAAAAGAAUGGGCCUGAGGCAGCCUUUUUUAAGGCCAUAAAGCUGGAGUAUGCUCGUCUCCUGAGAUUUGCCCAAGAGGACACUCCUCCUGAGAAUGACUACCGACUACAGCACAUCAUCGUCUACUUCAUCCAAAACCAGGCACCCAAGAAGAUCUUGGAGAGGACUCUGCUCACACAGUUUGCUGACAGGAACCUGGCCUUCGAUGAGAGAUGUAAGAGCAUUAUGAACGUUGCACGUGCCAAACUGGACCUAAUUAAGCCUGAGGAGGUCAACAUGGAUGAAUAUGAGAUGUGGCAUCAAGCCUACAGGAAUUUCCGCGAGACAACCAUCUUAAUGAUGACGGGCUUGGAGCUCUUUCAGAAGACCAAUUAUGUGGAGGCUCUGAUGUAUCUGAUUUACUCGUACCAGUACAACAAGGAGCUUUUGUCAAAAGGGCUGUACCGAGGGCACGACGAGGAGCUGCUUGGCCAUUACCGUCGAGAGUGUUUGCUGAAAUUAAACGAGCAAGCGGCUGCCAUGUUUGAGUCAGGAGAAGAGCCGGAGGUGACCACGGGCCUAGGCAUCAUGAACGAGCUGGUGGUGCCCUGCAUCCCUCUGCUCCUGAUCCACGACACUGAGAGGGACAUGCUGGCGGUGGAGGACAUGAGGAACCGCUGGUGCUCCUACCUGGGCCAAGAGAUGGAAUCCAACCUCCAGGAAAAGCUGACCGACUUCCUCCCCAAGUUACUGGACUGCUCGACGGAGAUCAAAAGCUUCCACGACCCUCCCAAGCUGCCCUCCUACUCCACCCUGGAGCUGUGUGAGCGAUUCAGCCGCAUCAUGGCCGCCAUCUGCAGGGUGCCCACCGAGGGAAGAUGAGCUCGGAAGGGACGGCCAGACACCUCUCCCUGAUCACAGGGCAGAAAUCCAUGGACCUCUCUUAACCCAUGCCUUCCUUUAUAAAUCCAGGGGUCACUCGCUUCUAGCUGUUAUUCCUCUGUUACUCUUUUGCUGCUAUAGGUUUUAUCAUUAUAAAUACUAUUUCAAUUUUAUUUUAAGCAAAACACAACGGAGGAAGGAGGAGGAGAGGAUGGACUGUUGGGAGGGAAUAAAGAAAUGAGAGAGGAGAAGUUGAUGGAAAAACAGUGGCAAUCAUGCAGUGGUUGAGAGCCAAGCACAUUCUGCUUCAGCAUUGCAAAAAAAAAAAAAAAAAAAAGAGUUUGAGGGUUUUUCAUAGAUUAUUAUUGUUGUUGUUGCUGUUUGAUUCAAGCUUCCCCGACCACACUCCUAACCCUUCCUAAAGCAUCCCUCUCUGCGUGAAAAGGAUCACCCUGCUGCUCAGCCUCCAGUUUGGUACAGUAUUACCAUGUUUUGUUUUAUUUUUCUAAGGAAGUAAGGAAGAGAGCCUUCAGAUUUAUCCGCGGCUCAGAGUAUCUCAAAUGGGCCUCAUGUCUUUGUGGACUGUGCCAGAAUGAGAUGUUUUAAGUGCUGUGGUAGACAGCCAUGGACUUCCUGUGGCUUGUUAAUAAAUCGAGAGAAUAAAAUUUUAUUUAUGGCCCUUUUAGGCCAAAUAAACAAAUGUUUUGCCUGA